AUGCCUGGUGUCGCCAAGUUCGACCCUCGAAAGGACGUGCCUGACCUCGCCGGCAGGGUCAUCCUGAUCACAGGAGGCACCGCCGGCGUCGGCGCUGCCACCGUCAUCGAGCUGGCCCGCCACAACCCAGCACACAUCCUGUUCACCGGCCGCAACGCCAAGUCGGCCGAGGCCACCAUCGCCGGCGCGCGCUCCGUCGCGCCUGGCGUCCAAGUGACCUUUGUCCAAUGCGACCUGGCCGACCUCGCCUCGGUCAAGGCCGCGGCCGCCAAGGUCCUCGCCCUGAUCACGCGCCUCGACAUCCUCGUCUGCAACGCCGGCAUCAUGGCCAAGCCGGCCGCGCUCUCCAAGGACGGCUACGAGAUCCACUUCGCGACCAACCACCUGGGCCACGCGCUGCUCACGACCGCGCUGCAGCCGCUGCUCUGCCGCACGGCCGCCGACCAGCCCGGCGCCGACGUGCGCGUCGUCAUGAUGACCUCGAUCGCGUGGCGCCUCGCGCCGUCGGACGGCGGCAUCGUCUUCGACCGGCUGCGCUCGACGCAGGAGAUGCCCGUGUUCGGCCGCUGGCUGCGCUACGGGCAGAGCAAGCUGGCCAACAUGCUGUGGGCGCGCGAGCUGGCGCGCCGCUACGGCGCCCAGGGCGUGCUCGCCGUCAGCCUCCACCCGGGCGUCGUCGAGACCGGCCUCGUGACCGACCUCGGCCUCGCCGACCGCCUGAUCGUCUACCUGCCCAACAUCGGCCGCGUCAAGACGGUCGAAGAGGGCACGCACAACCUGCUCUGGGCCAUCGCCGCGCCGCGCGACCGCGUCAAGCCCGGCGCCUUCUACGAGCCGGUCGGCCGCCUGUCGUCCUCGGAGACCAAGUGGAGCAGGGACCCGAAGCUGGGGGAGCGCCUGUGGGAUUGGACGGCUGAGCAACUGAAGCCGUAUUUGUGA